AUGUGGUCCGAGCUGUGGGGGUCCUGGGUUGAUGUGGUCAGCUGUGGGGGUCCGCGGUUGAUCGUGGGGCGGCAACCUUCCUGGGUCGUGAUGAUGGUUCAGCUGUGGGAGGUCGGGUUGCACUGUGGGGCGUGCAUGUGCUGUGGGGGUCCGGGUGAUGUGGGGGUGAUGUGGUCAGCUGUGGGGGGUCCGGGUGAUGUGGGGGUGAUGUGGUCAGCUGUGGGGGUCCGGGUGAUGUGGGGGUGA